AUGGAUUUGAGAAUAUUAUCACCAGUGCCAACUACCAAGGUCAAGAAUGACCGCAUGGAUGUCGAUGAAGAAACUGUUCAUCUCGUCAAUCCUGGUGAAACAGUAACCACCGAUCAACAAUUCAUGAGAGGUCAUGGUACUUACACUGACGGAGAAGGCACUGUCUUGUCUUCUGUUGCUGGUGCAGUGGAAAGAGUCAACAAAUUACUGUCAGUCAGACCAUUAAAGACACGUUAUACAGCUGAAAUUGGUGAUAUUGUAGUGGGUCGUAUUACAGAGGUCGCAAUGAGAAGAUGGAAAGUAGAUACCAACGCUAGACAAGAUGCCAACCUUUUAUUGAGUUCAGUCAGUCUUCCUGGAGGUGUGCAGAGACGUAAGAAUGAAGCAGAUGAACUGCAAAUGAGGCAAUUCUUUUGUGAGGGUGAUGUGUUGGUGGCUGAAGUUCAAGCAUUUUAUGCUGAUGGCACGAUGGGUCUCCAUACUCGUGGAUUCAAGUUUUGCAAAUUGAGAAACGGAUCGUUCUUGUGUGUGCCUCCUGUGCUUGUCCAACGCUGUAAAUCACAAUUUCACUCUUUACCAUGUGGCGUAGAUGUCAUUCUUGGGUUGAAUGGAUACAUUUGGAUUCACAAGAAAUUCGAAAUUACUGGCGAUGAAUCAGAUCCUACUGUCUCUUAUUCCAGCGAGAACGAUCCCAUCACUGAGGAAGAGAGACAAGACAUUGCUCGUGUGUCAAACUGUAUUGCAGCACUCGCUAAACAGUAUAUGCAUAUCAAUGAUACAAUCAUUGUCUAUACAUACGAAGCUUCUUUAGAAUAUACCGUCAAGGAAUUGCUCAAUUUAGAUGUUAUUGAAUCAAUCACCUCAGAGGCUAGCUUAAGGAUGCAUGCCGUAUAA